CGGCGGCAGAGCCAGGCCCCCUCCUCCUUCCGCGGCCGGCCUCCUUCCUCGGCGCCCCACGUUCCCGGCCGCUCCGACGCCGACGCCGCGCCCGCGUGCCGCCCGCGCAGUCCCCCGUGGGAGCCGGAGCCAGCGUCCCGGGCCGCGCGCCCCGCUCGCCCAUCCCGCCGCGCAGCCGCCGCCGCCGCCAUGCCCUCGGCCAAACAAAGGGGCUCCAAGGGCGGCCACGGCGCCGCGAGCCCCUCGGACAAGGGCGCCCACCCGUCGGGCGGCGCGGAUGACGUGGCCAAGAAGCCGCCGCCGGCGCCGCAGCAGCCGCAGCCGCCCGCGCCGCACCCGCCGCAGCACCCGCAGAACCAGGCGCAUCGGGGCGGCCACCGCGGCAAGUCCUCGGCCGCCGCCGCCGCUGCCGCGUCCUCCGCGUCCUGCUCGCGCAGGCUCGGCCGGCUGCUCAACUUUCUCUUCUACCUCUCCCUGGUGGCGGCGGCCGCCUUCUCGGGCUGGUAUGUCCAUCACGUCCUGGAGGAGGUCCAGCAGGUCCGGCGUGGCCACCAGGACUUCUCCCGGCAGAGGGAUGAGCUGGGCCAGGGCUUGCAGGGCGUCGAGCAGAAGGUCCAAUCCCUGCAAGCCACCUUUGGGACUUUCGAGUCUAUCCUGAGGAGCUCCCAGCAUAAACAGGAUCUCACCGAGAAAGCCGUGAAGGAAGGCGAGAGUGAGCUCAACCGUAUCAGCGAAGUUCUACAGAAGCUGCAGAACGAGAUUCUCAAGGACCUGUCGGACGGGAUCCACGUGGUGAGGGACGCCCGCGAGCGCGACUUCACGUCCCUGGAGAACACGGUGGAGGAGCGCCUGACGGAGCUCACCAAGUCCAUCAAUGACAACAUCGCCAUCUUCACCGACGUGCAGAAGAGGAGCCAGAUGGAGAUCAACGAGGUCAAGACGAAGGUCGCCUCCCUGGAAGAGGCCAAGGGGGAUCGCAGCCAGGACGUGAGGAACCUGAAGGACGCCAUGAAGGAGGUGCAGGCCUCCAUGAAGUCUAAGGAGAGGGACAUCGAGGCCCUGAAGAGUUCCCUUCAGACCAUGGAGUCCGAUGUCUACACAGAGGUCCGGGAGCUGGUGAGCCUCAAGCAGGAGCAGCAGGCCUUCAAGCAGGCGGCCGACUCGGAGCGCCUGGCUCUGCAGGCCCUCACCGAGAAGCUCCUGCAGUCCGAGGAGUCCUCCUCUCGCCUCCCGGAGGACAUCAGGAGGCUGGAGGCAGAGCUGCAGCAGCUGAAGGCGGGGACCGGUGGCUCGGAGGAGGCCGCCGUCCUCAAAGACUCGAAAGUCCUCGAGGAUCUGCAGCGGCAGCUGGAGGGCCUCGGGGCCAGGCUCCAGUAUGUGGAGGACGGAGUCUACUCCAUGCAGGUGGCUUCUGCGCGCCACACGGAGAGCCUGGAGUCACUGCUGUCCAAGAGCCAGGAGGAUGAGCAGCGCCUGGCCAUGCUGCAGGGACACUUGGAGAACCCCGGCUCCUCCUCGGAGCUGGCCGGCGCCGUGAGGAGCCUGGGGGAGGCCCAGCUGACGCUGGCCAGCGACGUGGAGGGGCUGAAGCAAAGCCUGGGUGAGCUGCCCGGUACCGUGGCUUCCCUGCAAGAGCAAGUGCUCUCCCUGCUCAGUCGGGACCACGCCCAGGCCGCCGCCACCGUUGGCUUGCCUUCUCAGGACUUUCUGGACAGACUCUCCUCCCUCGACAACCUGAAAUCCUCAGUGAGCCAAGUCGAGUCAGACUUGAGAAUGCUCAGGACUGCCGUGGACAGCCUGGUCGCCUACUCCGUCAAGAUUGAAACAAAUGAGAAUAACUUAGAGUCCGCCAAGGGCUUGCUAGACGACCUGCGGAAUGAUCUGGAUAGGUUGUUUGUCAAAGUGGAGAAGAUCCACGAAAAGAUCUGAGGGAACUGCCCAUGGGCACAGUUUCUUACCACCAAAAACAAAACAGGAAAAAAAACAAAAAAAACAAAAAAUUCCCACUGUUUUCUCCCAGGUGCCCGCCCACCGCCACCUCGCCCCUCCCCCACCCCACCAAAAGCAGCAGACCCCAGUUGAACACCACCCUGGUGUCCUGUGCCCAGUUAAUUUAUUUGCAGUGUAUUACCACACGGCCUUUGGUUUCUUAAGUCCCUUUUCUGCUUGGUUUGGCUUCCUGAAGGCCCAGCCAGCCCUGUGCAGAACAGGAUGUGUCUCCUAUUUAGAAAGAUGACCGCGGCUUUAACUGGGGCUUAUCAGGAAGCAGAUUAACCUAAAAAGAAAGAUCCUGUCAGGCUGACAGAUUUAUAGUAAAAUAGAAAAACAACAAAGAACAGGUGGGGGGCACUUUUU